AGUUCCUCAAGCGCUGGUGCUAUAAAAUAUUCUGAUAAUUUGAUAAAGACGUUGGAGCGACACGAGUUAUUAGAAUGUGGAUCUAGGUUAGAAGUUGAGAUUCGGGGAUGCAGCAUUUGGGCUGUGGAACUUUUGAGAAGAAAGAUUAAACGAACGGCUGAAGAUAUGAUACCAGUGCUGAAUGCAAGCAUUUUGGUUUUUUUUAUUUGGGAUUUUGCUAAAGAACAUACUAAUGAAUUAAAUCGAACUUCAUCGAACUCGUAG